AAUAGAGUGUAUAUACUGUUAAAUUGUCAUAAAAGUACUACCAAGAGAAAACUACAUAAAUAAAUGUAUUUCUUUGCAUUGCAUGACAGUUUCCUGGGCCGAAUUGCCACACGUGUCCUGUUCUGGGUAAUGUCCCGUUUUAGGUACAGCGACGUAAAGAUAGACUUUUAUGGAAUUCCAAUAAUUAACGAUAAUUUAAAAAUAGAUUUUUCAAAAAUUCCCUAUUAUCCAGUCACUCCGGUCUUCCUUUACCUACGUUUAAGUUCAGUGGAGAGAUAUCUUUCGCCACGACAAGACGUGUUUAAAGCACUGCUGAGAUACUUACAAGGACUUUCGAAGUGGCCCAGAGGAAGCAGGACCAUAUCUAAACAACGGAUUGUCGGAGACGAUAUAAAACUGAGAAUGGGACCCAGCAUCGCAUGCCUGUUAGCCAUUAUGGUAAUGGCUGCGACAACCCUACCAACAACUGGAAGACCAAUACUAAAGCAUGUAUUGGUCCAGUGUGGGGAUUCCUCGUGUAACAUAAUGAAAGAGUAUUGCUACCAACAGCAAUGCUUCCCAUGCAAUGAAGCGGUCUGCAACACACCCGGCUUUGACGGAGGAAUGCUUGCCCAGUGCUACUUCUACUGUGAAGCGAUCGACAGGUUAACCCUACAGGCCCCUCUCGCCGCGAAUAGUGCAAACAAUACUGCAGAAUGUGUCCACGCGGUUAAGAAGGAGAAAACAGGUAUGAGAAUGGAGAUAUACCAAUUUUUGCUGAUUAUAUUAGGGACUUUCAGUCUCGGUGCAGUAGCCGUGAUGCUGUUCAUGUGGUAUCGGAACCGACAGACUACCACUAACAACAAAGACCGAAGAGCUUUUCCUGUUUCGCCACCACAAGACAAGUACUCGGGAAAUACAAACCCAAAGGAAAAGGUCAAAAUGCUGGUUUCAAACAUGUAGAUAGGCAUGCGCAUUCACUCUAGGAGAACAAACCAAGGGAUCCGUACGAGAUAGCGUAUAUCUACUCUGCAGAAAAGAUGUAGGAAUAUCGAGAGCGUAUCCCUUUGAUUUCGAAGAUGUUACAAAACCUGGCUAUCUGUUAAACAAUCAUAUUUAUCUUGUUCUUUUUUAUUUUUAUGUAAAUUCUGGUUUAAUCGUGCAGGAUAUCAUUUAUACAAGUUUUUACUAGUAUAAUUAGAUAUUUUGCUAACGCGGACUAUUGAACCAACAUCUAAUUAAGAUUGCUUUUGGAUAUUUAAGUGCACGUUGUAACUCGUGUGUCUGAUUUCGCACAACUACUAUGCAGACAAUGUGACUAAAAACACAUUUUACUGUUUUCUAGUUUCGCCCUUUUUCCUGUAUAGUGUGUUUUUCCUUCGUAUGUUUUAGUAAUAGUAAUGUUGCUAUGUCUUUCAUCCCUGCGUUAAGUCACCCGAGUAAAUUUCGCCACAUGUUCUCACAAUCUGUACAGGUAAGCAUACCAAAACAUCACAUGAUAUCUUUGUAUUUUAAUAGCAAUAUUGAUUUUUAUGUUCCUUAAUAAUGGAAAUGUCGGCAGAUAUUAUUUUAAUCUAAUACACAAAAACUCGAAAAAUAAUUCGAUUAAGUUAUUUUUAUACUAUUCCUUGAUUCUUUGAAUAAAAUAUCAAUGACAACAGGUCUUUUAAAGGUAGAGAGAAUGAACUCAAUAUUGAUUGAUAAGUUAGAUUAAAGCCUAAGACUCUCCCUAGAGGUUAAGUUAUAAUCUGGUUAUAGCUGUUUGUAUGACAGGGAUCGUAUACUCUUCCUAGAGGUUAAGUUAUAAUCUGGUUAUAGCUGUUAGUAUGACAGGGAUCGUAUACUCUUCCUAGAGGAUAAGUUAUAAUCUGGUUAUAGCUGUUAAUAUGACAGGGACCGUAUACUCUCCCUAGAGGUUAUUAUAAUCUGGUUAUAGCUGUUUGUAUGACAGGGACCGUAUACUCUCCCUAGAGGUUAGUUAUCAUUUGGUUAUAGCUGUUAGUAUGACAGGGACCGUAUACUCUUCCUAUAAAUAAGUUAUCAUAUGGUUAUAACUGUAUGACAGGUCCCGUAAACACUCCCUAGAAGUAAGUUAUCAUCUGGUUAUAGCUGUAUGUAUGACAGGGACCGUAUACUCUCCCUAGAAGUUAGCUAUAAUAUGGAUAUAGCUGUAUGUAUGACAGGGACCGUAUAUUCUACCUAGAAGUUAGCUAUAAUAUGGAUAUAGCUGUAUGUAUGACAGGGACCGUACACCCUCCCUAGAAGUUCCUUAUAAUCUAAUUAUACUCUCCCUAGAACUUAGUCAUAAUUUAAUUAUGGCUGUAUGACAGAUACGGUAUAUUCUCCCUAGAACGUAGCUAUAAUUUGAUUAUAGUUGUAUGACAAGUACCCUACACUCUGUCUCAAGAGGUCAGUUUUAAUUUGAUCAUAUCUAUAUGAAUAACAGGUUGUAUAUUUCCUCUAUGGCAGUUAGUGAUAAUAGUUUUGUCACUGACUGCUAUGUUAUGGAUACUUUACAUCGACAAUGAUGCUUUGGUAUGCGUAUCUGUAUUGAGCGUGUGUAUGUCACAUAUCUCUGCAUAUGUGAGACGUUAUAUACAUCAUAUACCUAUUUUAUAUGCUUUAUAUAAUGUUGUUCUUUUUUAGUUCUUUUUUUUAAUGUAUUGUUUUUUCAUUGUUUAUUCGAGACACUAUCCUCCAUCCAUAUGAGAAGUACAUUUUAGAAGCACAUAAGCAUUAUUUAUUAUGAGAAUAUAUUCUAAAACAAAAUGUAUUAUUCUAUAGCAAAAGGUUCGAAAUUAUACACAACAGGUAAAAUAAGAAAAACUUGAAAAUUUAUUUGUUGAAGAUUUAUUAAUAAAUACCAUUCAAAUACAAUAUUGUGAAUAAACAAUUUCGAUUAAAUUUAGGCAAUGAAAACAACAUUGUCAUUUAACAAAAAAAGUAAAUUUUUGUAUUUAGCUUAAUUGAUUCCAUCCGAGUCUUGGGAUCAUUGUGCUGUUGUGCCUUAAGUACAUUUUAUUCUUUAUUUAUGUCAUAUUUUUUAUCCUAAAAAGUGAGGUUAUGCGUAGUUCAUCGACUGAACAAUCGGCUAUUUACACGAUCAUAAUGUUCAUAAUGUAAAUUAUUCAAAAAACGAACACAAAAGAACUUGAUUCUCUAUUGUUUCUCUACUAAAACAGGUUUUGAAAUCCUAUCAAUACAUUUAUCUAAUCAUGAAUUUCAUUGGUACCAACUAUUAAAAAAUAUUAUCCUUAAAUGUUUAGUAUCAAAAUAACUUUUAUCAUAUUCGAUUACAUUCCAAUAAAAAAAAAUAUUAUUUUAAUUUGAGAGUGAUUUAUAUAAUAACAUGAAGUCAGAUUGUUCAGUCUAUUGCCAUAGCUCAUGGUCGACAACUGUCGGAGUCCUAAUUCUACUCUCAAGGCUUGAUUACCAGAUAUUCUUUUCAUAAUUUAUGAUUUCGAAAACAAAUAAUAAACAAAGAAAACGAAAAUUUAAACAUGAAAUUAAAAAGCAUAGUAUACCAUGCUAAAUAGAAACAUGUCUGAGGACAAAAAAACAUAUUCUCACACACUUUGAGAAAAGGGUAUUUUGGACAAUUUGCGUAAACUUUUUUGUUAAGCUGAUCAAGCUUUGAACAACUUGACCAUGAGCUUCCAUUUCCUCGCUUAAAGCACUACUUGUAAGAGUCGGUGCUGUUCAAAGUGGACAUAUCCUCAACCUGGUUAGCUUGAUAUUCUUUAUAUGGUUACCUAUGGUGCGACUUAGUCGAUAGAAAUGAAGAAAGUCGUAACAUCAAUCUUGAAAAUAAUUGUUGAUUUUUGACAUAUAGCGUUAUUAUACUGAGGGAGAAAUGUUUAACAAUUUUAUUGACAGUUCAUAUGUAAAAUUAAUAUUUUAUGAAGAAAAAAAAUGAAUUUGACAUUAAAUUUUGGCUAUUAACACGGUAUUUUAAAAAGAAAUGGUAAAUUAACUGGAAAUGUUAAAAUUAAAUAUGUACGUCACUUUUAACAUUAAUUGGCUGUAUUUCAUUAUAGCUAACCAUUAAAAGGGUAUCUAGCUGAUAAGGAUUGAAAUGUCUACUAAAAUAAAUAACAUUAAAACCAAAAACGUUCCAAUAUGACCAGAUAUCUGGAUAUCUGAUUUGCUAGAUAUCUGAUCUGGAAGGUUUUUUUGUGGCAAUAUUCGGGUGUCUACAAUGGGAUGAAAUCUUGUUUUGAUUAUAUUGUUUAUCACAUAAUGUCUGAGUAAUCCAGUGAAUAUACCCAUGUCAUAUUUUUUGCGUAUUAACCCAUGUAA